UGCAGGUAUGUGAGUAAAGCAGCUGCUAAGACCCAGAUGGAGUUUGAAUACGAUGGGCCUUCCAUGAAGACAGAGGUCCCCGGACCACGCUCCAAGGUACCCCACCACGCAGUGGGCUAAUGCUGGGCCUGAUUCCAUGUGUGUCAGUCAAAGCAGAAUGAACCAGUAAGAAGAGGAGUUAUCUGUUAAAAGGCUUGUUCUGUUUGUCCUGUUCCGUGGUGACCUCUGUGUGACCCUGCGAUGGGAACACAGUGGACUUUACACACCCCAUACUGAACACUCUGUUACACACAGGCUUUGUCCCAAAUGGAACCCUGUUCCCUGUAUACUGCGUUUGACCAGGGCCCAUAGGGCAGUGCACUAUGGAGGGAAUAGGGUGCCGUUUGGGAGACAUUUACAGACUGUCGAGGAACCACCCUGACAUAACAUCUCUCUCCUCCCCCACCAGGAGCUGACCAAACAGUUGGGAGAGAUGCAGGUACGGCAAGAGAGGGUGUGUGAGUGUUGAGUGUGUGUGGCUGUUUUCAUGAUGGAAUUAAAAAUAUGCAUUCUUCGGGGACACACUUGCAUGCGUGCACACACAACGCAGACACAGUCUGUUUUGGUGUUUAAUAUUGAUUGGGUAUUUAAUAGUGUAUAUUAUUAAAUAGACUGAGUUAACAUGAUGACUACCUUAUCUCUCUCUGUCUAGACUGAGUUAACAUGAUGACUACCUUAUCUCUCUCUGUCUAGACUGAGUUAAUAUAAUGACUACCUUAUCUCUGCGUUAACAUAAUGACUACCUUAUCUCUCUCUGUCUAGACUGAGUUAACAUAAUGACUACCUUAUCUCUGCGUUAACAUAAUGACUACCUUAUCUCUCUCUGUCUAGACUGAGUUAACAUAAUGACUACCUUAUCUCUGCGUUAACAUAAUGACUACCUUAUCUCUCUCUGUCUAGACUGAGUUAACAUAAUGACUACCUUAUCUCUGCGUUAACAUAAUGACUACCUUAUCUCUCUCUGUCUAUACUGAGUUAACAUAAUGACUACCUUAUCUCUCUCUGUUUAGACUGCGUUAACAUAAUGACUACCUUAUCUCUCUCUGUCUAGACUGAGUUAAUAUAAUGACUACCUUAUCUCUGCGUUAACAUAAUGACUACCUUAUCGCUGAGUUAACGUAAUGACUACCUUAUCUCUCUCUCUCUCUCUCUCUCUCUCUCUCCCUCUGUCCCUCUCUCUCUCUCCAGAACGUGGGAGCAAUCAAUUUCUUCUGUAACUAUGAGGAGAGCAGAGGAAACUACCUGGUGGAUGUGGACGGAAACCGCAUGCUGGACGUCUACACACAGAUCUCCUCCAUCCCUAUUGGUUAG